GCAGCCUGCGCGCAGGGAGGGAGGGAGGCGGGCGCGCCGCCCAGGUGCAGCGUCUCCUGCUCGAUUCGGGCUCUGCCCCCCGAUCCCCUCCUCCUGCCUCUUCCUCCGCCCCGGACUCCAGCGGGCAGCGAUGUUCGACCCCCGCCGCUGUCCCGUCGCCCCCGACCCUCCCGCGCCCCGCUCCGGAUCGCCCCGCGGCCGGCUGGGGCGCGUGUGAACCCGAUGGAGUUGUUAUUCUGGGGGCCAACAUGCGAACGAUGAACUACCUGCGCCUUUGCUUUGUACUCUGGGACCUCCUGGACGCGGCGCUGGGCUACCUGACUGUCAGCAUUGAGCCGCUUCCACCUGUGGUGGUCGGGGAUGCCGUGACUCUGAAAUGUAACUUCAAGACGGAUGGCAGGAUGCGGGAGAUAGUCUGGUACCGGGUAACAGAUGGUGGUACCAUCAAACAGAAGAUCUUCACCUUUGACGCCAUGUUCUCCACCAACUACUCGCACAUGGAGAAUUAUCGCAAGAGAGAGGACUUGGUGUACCAGUCCACAGUGCGUCUUCCAGAGGUUCGGAUCUCAGACAACGGCCCAUACGAGUGUCAUGUGGGCAUUUACGACAGAGCUACCCGGGAGAAGGUGGUCCUGGCAUCUGGCAACAUAUUCCUCAACGUGAUGUCUCCUCCCAUCUCCAUCUCAGUCAUUGCUGCAGACACGCCCGCCCCCUUCAGCCGCUACCAAGCGCAGAACUUCACCUUGGUCUGCAUAGUCUCGGGAGGGAAGCCUGCCCCGACGGUGUAUUUUAAGAGAGACGGGGAGCUCAUUGAGGUGGUGCCCCUCCUGGAGCCUCCAUCCAGCGCCGCCGGGUUACAGGACAGCCGAGCCGCUCGGAACCUGCUGAACCGUGACCUGGACGACACCAAGAUGCAGAAGUCCCUAUCCCUGCUGGACGUGGAGGACCGGGGCGGGCGGCCCUACACGGAGGACCCCCUCAAGAGCCUCACCCCUGACCCGGGACUUCUGUUCAGCCCGGCCACGGAGAUCAUCCCAGAGACUGUGGUGAGCCGGGAGUUCCCGAGGUGGGUCCACAACAUGGAGCCCGUCUACUUCUUCCACCAUACGCACAUCCCCCUCAGCGACGGCACCGUGGAGGUGCGGGCCAUGCUCAUGUGGACGCUUAACCCGCAGAUAGACAAUGAGGCGCUCUUCAGCUGUGAGGUCAAGCACCCCGCCCUCUCCAUGCCCAUGCAGGCCGAGGUCACGCUAGUUGCUCCCAAGGGCCCCAAAAUCAUGAUGACCCCAACGAGAGCCCGCGUUGGAGACACAGUUCGGAUCUUGGUGCACAGCUUUCAGAAUGAAGUCUUCCCUGAGCCCUUGUUCACCUGGACCCGUGUUGGGAGCAGGCUCCUGGAUGGCAGCGCUGAGCAUGAUGGGAAGGAGUUGGUCCUGGAAAGAGUGCCGGCUGAGUUAAACGGCUCCAUGUACCGCUGCACUGCUCAGAACCCACUGGGCUCCACAGACACCCACACCAGGCUUAUAGUGUUUGAAAACCCAAAUAUUCCAAGAGGAACAGAGGACUCAAAUGGUUCAGCGACCAGCCACAGCAGCUUCAGGCUAAUUUUGAUGCUCACCCUAACAGUGAUCCUGGAGCUGACGUGAAGGCUUGCCUCAUCCUCCUCCCUUGAGCAGCUCCACCCAGCAUUUACAUCUCCGUCAAUUGGUUUUCUUUUCUUUUCUUUUUUUCUUUUUCUUUUUCUAAACUAUUUACAGUCUUGUCCUCGGUCUCUUUCUGUCUGUGUCUUGGCUUCCUCGGUCGAUUUAAUUAAAAUGAAAAAAAAAUGUCCCCCUGGUAAAAGGCAGCGCGUAUUAUUUGCCAUGUGCAAUCCUUGGCCUAUAGAAAGGGCAGUCUGGUCCUUGCACAUGCAAAAACAAGAGCCGGUAAUUACACACAAAAGCACAUACAGGGAAUGCAGCCAGGCGCAUAUUUCGCAGAUGCAAUUUAGGCACCGAUGUUGGCAAAAGUCACCCCGUCUAGCCAUACGGAGGCAGAAAGUCUAACAGAAGAUGGGGCUGGGAGCGAGGACAGCUGGGUUCUAGCCCCAGUUCUGUCACCAAUUCUGUGACCCCUUGGACAAGUCGUUUUGGUCGAAAUUUUCAGGGGUAGCCACUGAUUUUGGGUUCACACCCCACCGCUCCAGAUGGGCUGAGCUCCCAUUGAUUGCAGCUGGAGGUAAAGGUGCUCAGCCCCGGGGACAAUCAGACACCG